CAAGUGUUAUUUGAAAGCUUCCUCAGGAUCUGUGGGAAAUCCCCUUCUAUAUUUGCAGCUACUUGAGACUCUGGCCCCACGCUACCCCAAGCCACUGGGCCUGCAGAACCAGUGGCCCUCCUCUGCCUGCUCAGAAUUCCGCAGUUCCAGACAAGCUGGGCCUCAGGUUCACUGUGAGCCCACCUGCCCUUUGGAAGCUCCACAGCUCUCCAAUCACAGCCGGGAUGUGGAUGCAGAUGUAGACGCCUCAAACCCACCACUCCACUCACUGCACCUCGAAGCCUGGAGGCACCCAAACAGUCUGGGCUCUGGGCAGAGUGCGCUGUGUACUCACCACAGGCUGCAGGGCCUCCGGAACCCACGAUGCUCCACUGCCCACCAAAACAUCCACAGUCCUCCAGACACACAGGGAGGCCGAUGCAGGCGCCCCAGAGCCGCCCAGCCCGUCCUCUGCACACCGAUGGCUAGGUGCGGGAGGCCCAAACAGGCUGGGCUCCGGGGAUAGUGUGGGCCUGCCCACCUGUUGGAAGCUCAGCAGUUCUCCAAGUGCAGCCGGGAUGGGGAGGUGGAUGUAGAGGCCUCAAACCCACUUCUCCACUUUACUGCACCCAGAAGCCUGGAGGGUCUGGAACAGUCUGGGAUUUGGGCAGAGUGCGCUGAGCACUCACCACAGGCUGAGGUGCCUCAGGAACCUGCGAUCCCUCCCUGCUUGCUGAGAUAUCCACAGUCCUCCAGACACAGGGGGAGGCUGAUGCAGGCACCCCAGAUCCGCCCAGCCCCUCCUCUGCACACCCUCCUUUUAACAUUUAUCAGAAAAUAACAGUAUUGUAGUCAUUUCAGAGAUUAAUGGAUCUCCCCUUCCAAUUAAUAAGUGAAUUGUCGAGACUGUAUUCCAAUUUUGCUAUUGAGGUGUCUGUCUUGUGAAUGUUCACAAGCCAAGGAGAGUGCUGACCAAGGGAAGAUGAAGGUACAUAGUCGAUGAGACACAACAAGAAAGUGAAGCCAAAAUUCAUGAAACAAGACAUGUUACUCACAGGACCCAGAGAGUUCAGGAGUGAUGAUGGGAAGCGGACAAAAAGUUUGGAAGCAGCAUCUACUAACUCAUAGUAGAUGGGGAGCAAGAGAAAGGGCAAUGUGGAAUUUUUCUGGCGGGACUUGGCCAAGCUACACGCUGCUGUGCUUAGGAGAGUGCUGCGGGAAACAGUGGCUCAGUCAAAGAGAGCUUGUGAAGUGGGAAACUUACAUAACUCCAGUGCUAAUUAGUAAGUCUGAUCAUGGCAGUUGUGGGUGUGUAGGCUGGAGGGCAGUGGGGUGAGGAGCAAAGGGAUCAUACUCCGAACAACUCCAUGUGAAGGGAAGGCUUAAUGAGGCCAAACAGGACAGGAUAAGUGAGUUUCGAGUAAGUUAUGGCAGGCCUAAAAUUAACAUUGUGGUAGCCACAAAUUUAUGAACAAGGACAUCAAAAGACCAUGAAAGUUCAUCGUGAACAUGAUGAGGCUCUCUGGCAAGAUUAUAGCAAGCUUUCAAGCAAGUCCAAGUUGACUUAAGAGAACAAGCUUAAGUGAUAGCUUUGGGUUUCUUGUGGUUAAGGAGUGGGACGAGGAUAAAGUUCCACGAGCUCUUGCUUGCAUCAUUUGAACUUACACCAACACCGAAAGAAAAAAACUUACAGAUCUUCUUCUAAGAUGUGAGAUUUAAAAGCUCCUGGGAAGCAAACAUCAAAAACACAAUCAGUUACUUUAUCAUCAUGAUAUCCUGACAUCUGAAGACUUAAAAUUUGCCAACAAUCAUUUGAUGGAAUUUACAGUAAGUCAGUCACUAUGGAACUCCAUGUGACCUGAGUCCCCAGUCUGGUAGAGAUGAAACUGUAGUGAAAAUCUUGUUUCAAAGCCCAGUUUUAUAUUGUGAGAGGUUGAAUAAAUACUUUGUUCACUUAUAAAAAUGUCUGUAACUGAAGGGAGGCCUUGUAUCAUGCCUUUGGAUUAUAUAUGAGCAUUCACAUGUGUUAUUGAUUUAUAAUUGUGAAUACCUAUGAGACAGGAAAUUUCCCAAAUUUCCCAAAAUUCUUUGUCCUGAAGGGACCAACAUUGGAUUAAGUUUUGAGGCUACCAUUGGUCAGACCAACUGAGUGUAUCAUUGGGAAUUGUACAGACUCCAUUAAAAUAUUCACAUGGAGCUAACUGUUGCCCCAAGCGUCUGCUAUCUAAGAUGUCUGCCUCAAGAUGAGCCAAUUGUUCUAAUCCUCAAGUUGUAUCCUUUCCAGAGAUGUCCAGGUUGAGGGAAUGAGAAUCAGCAACUCUUCAGUGACUUUCAAGUGUGUGAUAGAGGCAUUAUCAUCUGUAGAACGUGUAAAGUCCCUUUGCUCUUCCUUUAGUUCAUCCAGGUGACAAAUGCAGUAGCCAAAGUGUCCAGGAUAAAGGUGCCCUUCUCCAGUACAAUGAUAUCUGGUAAGAUACCAAGGGCAAGGGAGGGCACCCAUCUCAUUCAUGUGCCAUAUGUUAACCAAGGUUUAACUCUCACUUUUAGGUCUUCCUCUAGUAAUCCAUAGAGAACAUACAAAGCUUGCUAAGGUGUAAUAGACAGCUGGGUAUGGAAGUUCACAGGCUUACAGUUUGUAAUAAUCUCUUUCUCCAAAGAGGUUAGUAUGUGUCCAAUAGUUUUCACCCUAAUGGCAGAUAGUGUUAAGCCUAGCAGAACAGUGUCUUGCAUCAGAAGCCAUUAUUAAAGUAAGUCACACAGCUUUCUAUGUUGCCUGCCACUGAAGGCUGGUAAGGGUUGGGGACCACUUGUGGUCAUCAUGCCAAUCCAGAAGCAUGAGAGGAGGUGAAUAAGGCUCUGGUUCUGAAAGAAUGUCUGGUGGACACUGAUAAGAGUGCCUUUAUACUGCAUCUUACAGAUUCUAGAAUUUUUUGGAGGGGGACUCCUUCGAAAGUGUUCAUUUCAAAGUGACAGCAUAAAUUGGCUUAACCAAAACAUAUGAAGAAUAAUAAGUUGCCACUAACCUUUCUCCAACAGUAUCAAGGAUUUGGACUUAUUUUCACAUUGAGGUGUUAGGUGAAUCUGACUUUUUUCUGAUAAUAUCAGGGAUGCAGUGGGAAUACAGACUGGUACAACCACUAUGCAAAUCAAUGUGGAGAUUCCUUAAAACUAGGACUGCCGAUUCCAUGUGAACCAGCUCUUUCCCUUCAUCCCAAAAGAAUUAAAAACAUCACAACACAGAAAUAUAUGUGCACCUAUGUUUAUAGCCGCACAGCUUAUAAUGGAAACAACCUAAAUGCCCAUCGACUGAGGCAUGGACAAAAAAGAUAUGGUAUUUUUUAUACAGUUGAGUACUACUCAGCCAUAAAGAAUGAUAAACUGGAUACUUUUAUAGGUAAAAGAAUGCAACAUUAGAAUCUACUCAUUAGUGAAAUAUAAGACACACAUGUAAAUAUCAUACUGUUUCAUUAGUGUGACAAGUUGAAAGAAAAAACAUAUAUAUGUGUAUGUGUAUGUAUAUGUAUAUAAAAUAGUUAAUAUAGCUAUACAAUUGAUUUCUCUGAGUUCACUGAAGAGAAAGAUUUGUGCUGGUUUUGGUUGGACAAUUGAAUGCAGAUGUCUUGUGCUCUGGGUCAAUGAUUUAGGAUGACAAUGGGCUAAGUAUGUAUCAUCAUUGUCCCCUGAUUGACAUGCUUUGAAAUUUUUGUUGUUUUUUUCUUCUUCAUCUAUCGAGUUCUGACCUAGAUCCCCAAUCUCCCAAACAAGUAUACAACGAAGGCUUAAACAAAUGAGACAAGUGGUAUGAUUUUAGUACUCUAGGAGGAUCAAAACCCUUUAGCUGAGUUCGAGACUCUGGGAGCUAAGACAAAGACUUCUCUGGAUUUCCCUUUUUAUUAGGUCUAAAGAAAGAGCGAGGGAACUGAAGAAAGUGUGCAAAAUGAGCAGGGCCUUGGGAGACCCUUCAAAGACUUCUCCAAGUAGUAAAUUAUGCUAGUUUAGGACGUCUUAGCUCCAUGAAGACAUUUAUAGUAGGAGUGAGAGUGCAGGUGUCAAAUGCCUGCAGCUGAGUCUCUUAUCUGCUUAAUCAUUGGCUGAGUCACUCUGAGGGGUGAGGAAACUCUGCUAUAAACUGGGUCAUUUUGGUAAGAUCUGGUGUUUGAGCCAGGUGUCCUCAGCAGUUGCCUUGUCUUCCCUUUUGAGGUAUCGCUGGCAUUAUAGGCUACUACGGGCCUUAGCCAGGACCAGUGAUUCGUAGAGGUUCACUUACUAGGAAUCAGCUCCCAUCACCAGGCAAGGGGCCAGGGCCGAGGACAGACUCACAGAUAAACAUAAAAAGCCCGUUACAUCAUUUUAAGUCCUGCUCAGAGCUGCUUCAUAGUGGUCUCCAACAUUUUUCUUCUUUUCUUUCUUUUUAUCCUUGAAUAAAAUGGAUUUGAAAAAAAAUCAAGGAUGCAAUAGCCUUCAGCCAACAGAAAAAUGCCCAAAUAUUACUAAGGCUGUGAGGCUUGUUCUUGCUGUGGGGAAGUGCCCGUACCCUAUCACAUGUGCCUCAGAAUUCUUCCUUAUAAUUCUUUGGGGAAAAAAUAGGAGUAAGCUUGAAGAAAAUUAAAGGUUUUAAAAAUUUAGGCAAUAAAUGACUUAUAAACCUUCUUUUCAAAAUUUCAAACUCAUUCUGAUAUAAAGUUAAACAAUUUUCAGUGGCUUGGUUGUGCUUUUCAAAAGUCAUAUUGAAAUUUAUUUGCUAAAAAUGAUAAAAGAAGCUGAUAUCUAAAAGAAAUCAUUGGAUCUUAAGAUCGUAAGUCAAGCUGUUAUUGUUUAUUUUUUCUUUUUUUUCCUCUAAAUUUUUUACCCACAUUUUUCCUUUUUUACUAACCCUUUUUUACUUUAUCUCCAAACAUUUUUUUAUCCCCCAUCCUCAAUUUUAUAUCUGCUCUUUUCUUUCCCCUUUUCAAUAUUGUAUUUCUCCCUCUUCUGCCUCUCUCAUUGGUUAAUAAUCACUGGCGGUUAAUAAUCACUGGCUGAGUCACUCUGAGAGGUGAGGAAACUCUGAUAUAAACUGGGUCAGGUUGGUUAGAAGACACAGCUCUACAGCUGAGCCAGCCAGAAGGAAAGAUGGAACAAGAUAAAGUUUCCACGGAAAAACCAAGCAAAGUUAUCACAUGCCGGGCAGCCAUUGCCUGGACAGCAAAUGCCCCACUGUCCAUUGAGGAAGUUGAAGUUGAUCCACCAAAGCCUGGAGAAGUUCGAAUUAAGAUUGUGUCCUCUGGGCUCUGUGGUACUGAUAAACACAUCUUGGAAGGGAAAGACAAAGUGCCAUUCCCUGCAAUUUUGGGCCACGAGGGAGCUGGCAUUGUAGAGAGUAUUGGAGAAGGCGUAACCACUGUCCAGCCAGGAGAUAAAGUCUUACUAUUUCCUCUUCCUGAAUGUGGAGAAUGUAGAUACUGCUUGCACCCCAAGGGGAACAUGUGUGUUAAGGAGAAUGUCCUCUCACCAACUGGAUUAAUGCUGGAUGGAACCAGCAGGUUUACGUGCAGGGGAAGGAAGAUUUACCAUCUUUAUGGCACAAGCACAUUCAGCGAAUACACUGUAGUCCAUGAAAUCGCAGUGGGGAAAAUCGAUGCUGCUGCCCCUUUGGAUAAGGUCUGCAUCAUGAGCUGUGCAGUGCCUACAGGCUUUGGAGCCGUGUUUAACACUGCCAGGGUCACCCCAGGUUCCACCUGUGUGAUUUUUGGACUCGGAGGAAUCGGCUCAGCAGUUGUCAUGGGCUGCAAAGCCUCUGGUGCCUCCAGGAUCAUUGGGGUUGACAUCGUUGAAGACAAGUUUCCCCGGGCGAGAGCACUCGGAGUCACUGACUGUCUCAACCCACGGAACCUCAAGGGACCUGUCCAGGAGGUGGUGGUGGAAAUGACAGGUGGCGGCGCUGACUUUGCCUUUGAAGCUGUUGGACUCACUGAUACCAUGGUUGCAGCUUUUGAAUCAUGCCACGUGAGCUACGGGGUGUGUGUGAUUAUUGGAGUAGCGCCCUCCGACUCAAAACUCUCCUUUGACCCCCUGAUGCUCCUACCGGGGAGGACUCUGAAGGGGGGCACCUUGGGAGAGUAUAAAACAAGAUCCCGUAUUCCUAAACUGGUAACAGAUUAUAUGCAAAGAAAAUUUAACACAGACUCACUUAUAACCCAUCAGUUUCCUUUUGAAAAAAUUAACAAGGCAUUUGAACUGUUCCGCAGUGAACACUGCAUCCGAUGUGUCCUCUUAUUUUGAGAGUCAGAUAAUGAAGAUUGAAAACUGACUAUCUCCAAGAGUGAUCUUUGUUCUUCUUUAUCAUCUGGGUAACUUAGUUACAAUACAUAAAGGCCAGGAUUAGAAAGAGAGGACUCCUAGAAUUUUGAGAAAUGAAGCUAUUAAAUAAAAUUAACUAUUUUGAACACA